AUGUCUUUCGAAAAAUCAUUCUCUGACAACAAACGCUAUGUCAGGGGUUAUGAAUUUCAAUGGACCAAGAACCAUUUGACCGCAGAGCAGCUCAUGCCGUUGAGAAAGCAAGCUGAUGAGCUUGGACUAGCGGUUGUCGAGAGAUUGCUCGCCAUUGUGGCCGCUCAGAAACAAGAGAAGGGUGGGGUGAACAGACCCGAUCUGUACACGCUGCUGAAGGAAAACUAUGCGAAAGAUAGCAUCCUGCGUCAAUUCUGGGAGGAAACCCAUUCUGUCCCUGACUGGGUAGACUGGGAAGAGAUUGAAAAGGGCCAAGUCUUCCUCUAUCGAUAUUUGGCACCGAAUAUUACUGGUAUUGUGCUUCAGGGCUGCCUGGGAGAAAAUGCCACAACAGCAGGGACCGCAGAGGUCUUCAUAAGAACUGGAGGCUUUAAUGUACGCGUUUUGCCCAAGCGAUUCCUUGAAACGUUCCAGUGGCAGAUCCAGGCCACUCAGUCCUUGAAGUCAGUUCAGCCUGGUGGGGACGGCCAUAUCUCCACCAUUCGAGUUAGGCUCUUGCAUGCGAUGGUGCGCCAUCGGAUUCUGAAAAUCGCGGAACAAAACCCAGAAUACUACGAUUUCGAAAGAGACGGCACACCCAUUAACCUAUUGGAUUGUAUGCAUGCUAUUUGCGUUUUCGCUUGCAAUACACCAUUUGUUCAAUUGCCCAAGCUAGGAAUCAAACCCGAUCCACAACUGGUAAAAGGAUACUUAGCAGUGAAUCGCUAUAUUGCCUAUCUUCUAGGAACUCCAGCAGAAUACUUCGCGACCGUUGAGCAGGCUAAGGCUACUAUGGAGAGCAUCAUGCUAAGCGAGCCUGGCCCCACGCCGGCUUCCAAAGUUCUUACUAUGAAUUUUAUUGAAAUGAUUCGCGAUUUCCCGGGGAUCAAUAUAUCUAAAUCGCUGAUUGAGACUGGUGUUCGAAAGAUGAACGAUGAUGAGAUGGCAGAUGAGAUAGGGCUUUCAAAACCGGGUUACUUUUUCCAGGCGCUUUUUCGAGGGUACUGUGGUAUUCUCAUCGUGAUUUGUCGACUGCAGCACUGGAUUCCAUUUUUUGAUAGAUUUUUAACAAAUCUAUCAAAACAGUUCCUCAUUGAUACAGUUUUGGGGUCAUCAAUGCUCAAGGGAGGGUCCAAGUAUGAAUUCAAGCACGUCCCUAGCCUGAAGAAAAGGACAAACCUCCAGUAUCGAGAAACAGGAGGCGCUGGGAUGUUCAGACCUGUGGAAACCCUCAGCUGCAUUUCAUUUCUCAUCCAGGUUCUCUUCUAUUUAGUACCUCUUUUUGUGGUGGUCAAAGUUUUGAGCGGGACCAUUCAGACGGUAUAUACUAUGACUGACUAG